GCAUUUCGGCAGGAUACAUACGUUAGGAUUCAGAUGUAGAUAUCUGAUUCCCGAUAAAAGUCAUUGUCGUUUUCAUUAUCUUCGUUUGCCGAAAUUUAAUUGCGAUUUACGCCAGUCGAUAGUUAUUCAAAUCCGUGAAAAAAUAUUGACUGUGAAUUUGCAUUGAGACACGACGCGACAAAUCGAAGCUUGUCCUGUUUUAUUUAUCUGAAUAUACACGAUUUGGUUGCAUCAAUAAUUUCGUCUCCUGAAGCGCUAUGGACCGUUCAAAUGAAGACAAUAUGAACACGCAAACGCUUUUAGAAACGACAGCAUGGUAAUGAGGGGUGUCUGCGCUAAAGUACUCUGGCUCACAGCCUGCCUCGUCGGGGCAUCGUCUUUCACGAUGGCUUUGCAAAUGCCAUUUGUUACGAAGCCUAUCAGCAAACACGAUAUAUUUCUUCGCUUAAACGACGUGAAAUCGAAGACACAACCGGAAGAAUUUCAUCGUUACAACAUCACCUUCGCUGCUAAGCAGCUCCCGAUGGGAAAUAUGAGUUUAGACGAACGUUGUAAUCGCGGUCUACCGUUGUCUGUGCGCUGGACCAACUAUGGUCCUUAUGGAUCUCUGGUCCGUGAGACCAGCAAUAUCACAAACAACGAUGGAGUUGGAUUGACUGGGAUCUUUCCAAGCGUGAUAAACAAUGUUUUGAAAGAAUGCUGCCAUGCGAACACGCAUGUCGUCUACGGACACUAUAUUAAAACUCUCAAGGAACUGGAGAAGAGUUUAUGGGACGGGUCCCCAGAAGAUAUAAUGUUUCCCAUCGGACUACAAAGCAUGGAUAUCAAGGAAUUUAAAACCUUGCCAGUCGUGCCUCUGUUGGUCGCGCCAAGGACGACUUUGGUCGUACCGGAAACCGAUAAGAACCGAGGACGAACAAUUGAGUUGUUCCAGACGGUUGGGAUGGCCUGGCCUAUUCUGCUGUUUAUCGUUCUCGCGGCCAUAUUGUCUGGAAUGUUCAUGUGGACAUUGGAUCAUUUCAAGAAUCCAGACGAAUUUCCAAUGAAAUUUACGGAAGGAGUCUGGGAAGGAUUUUGGUGGGCUAUUGUUACCAUGACAACAGUGGGAUACGGUGACCGCGCACCAAGGUCCAUAUUAGGUCGCCUGUUUUGCAUGAUUUGGAUUAUAACUGGAAUGAGUAUCAUCGCCAUUUUAACUGCAAUGGUGACCGCGUCGCUUUCAGCCAGCAUUGAGUAUCGUUUGGUUGUCCACGGCUCGAAGAUGGGGGCUGUCGAUGGUAGUCAAGAAGAAAGAAUUGGAACUGGAAUGAACGCUGGAAUCAAAACUUUUGACACACCAAAGGAUGUCGUCGAGGCUCUGGUCGAUACAACAUCACUGGAAGUCGCAAUAAUGGACAGUUAUCUCUUAUCCUAUUACCAUGAAGUCAUCAAACGUGAACCAGUUAGAGUCAAGGCAAACGAAGAACUACCAAUCAACUAUGGCCUAUCCUUAGCACCAAACUCAGAGAACUUUACCCAGUGCUUUAUAAGAUACAUCAAAAACAAUCCCCAGGAUAUUUUUGAAAGUAUUCGACAGAAUUUAAAUCCGUUAAAGAAUCCGACAGAUGACGUAAGCGAGGAAUUGAUCGCCUCGCAAGGAUUCUUGGGUGAAAAAGAUUUUCAUAUGAUUUUGUACGCACUUGCUGGCUUUCUAGGAGGCUUCUUCUUGCUUGGAAUAAUUUGGGAGUUCUUUAUCUCCAAAAUUAUAUGCAAAACGAACAGAGCACCGAAAGCGAAGAAAAAAAAAGAAAAGAAAAGUAUUUUUGAGUCGUUGAUUGGAUUCAGACUCUCUCAAAACCCACCAAUGCAAAAUGAAGACCGUGCUCAAAUCGAGCUGAUUCAGCAGAAAACUGACAAAGUUCGUCAGUUAAUACGAGAGUAUGAGGAAUUCUACGAAUCCUGGAUGGAAAAGUUGAAGGAAGCGACUGAAGGCAGCGAAGAUUUAAAAGGUUUUGGACCAGCGAGUGCGAAAUGGAUGAUGGUUACCCACAAUGGAAAUAACGGAAACCCAGCUUAACCACGUGACCAAUCUUACCGGGUGAUCUAAAAUGGCGGGAAAGGACCGGGACGAGUUGUCAAAUAAAAACCAUUUCUCGGUUGAAACAAUUUAAUAUCUCUUGAAACACACUUUACUUCGGUUUCAAAUUCAUAUCAAAGCUAUAGUUCUUAUAUCUAAACAUAAUCACAAAAUUUCGAAUGGUUUCAUAAAGAAUAACAUAGGAUAUAUUUGGUUAAAUUCUGCAGAAUGGUUUUCUAUUUUGACAUUCCUUCUGAGCCAGCGGUUGACUGGCUAAAAUAUAUGCGCGGGAUCACUUGGUAUUUAAAAAAAUCGAACUAAUUGUAUAAGAAAAACGAACAGGGAAAUUAUAUAGGUUAUGUACACAUGAAAACACACAAAUCUCCACGUGAAGUGUCGAAUACGUUUUGUCAACAAAUACCUAGAUAAUAUAUAUUAGUUUUUUGCGCUUAAUCAGAAAUAAAUUGUUUAUAGAUUUAAAAACAAUUUAAAGACUUUUCACGCAGGAAAUAUUUUCUUGCGACGAUAUUUAAUUUCAUAAAAAUUAUUGCUUACCCGGGACAAUUUCGUCGAGGAUUCGCUGAGUCAAGGAUUCAUAUGAUCCAAAUAAAAUUCGCAAAGGACCGCUUGGCUGUUUGACGGAUCAGAGUUUGAUAACUUUGUUUAUAUGAAUACAGUGUAUCUUGAUUUGACUUAUCAUAUAUUUAAACAGAGGUU